AUGGCUGCACUUACUCAUGGAUACGUUUUUGAUAUUGCCAACCAAACAAUGGCCGUGGAAGACGAGGCCAUCAAUAAGCCCUAUAGGCCGAUUCGGACUUGCCUGCCCAGCCUCGAAGCAGCGAGGUUACGAUGGGCAUUCAGUUGGGGUGGGACAGGUUAUGUUACUCAACUGCUAAACGAGGUUGUACGCAAUAUUGCACCGGAAGUUGACAUGCGCCUGGACCUGGAUAUCUGGAAUGCUGCCUUCGUCAUGGCCACCGUCCAUGUGCAGGAGUUCCACAAUGUGGAUGGUGACCGAAGGACUGGGAGGAAAACCCUCCCCUUACUUCUCGCAACAAGGGGUGUUAUCCGACUGCGCCAGGCUACGGCAAUGGCACUCAUUGCAGGCAGCUGUAUGUUUCCAACCUGGGGAUGGCUGAACUGCGGGCCAGGAAAGUCCUUGAACCUGCAUCUUUUCGGGGUACUGCAGGUUAUAGCCGGGCUCGGCACGGCUAUUCGGCUGGUAUUCGCCAAAAUCCAAAACGAUGUAUGA